GCAUGCUUUUCCAUAUAGCCGAGCCGACCUCCAGUCAUACCAGAAGGAAUCAGAUUGUUACCUAAACAGUGAGGAAAAGAAAGUUACAUAUUUCCCGGCACACUGCACCAUUGCAAACCAGAAAAAUGCUUGCUCUCAGCAAUACGGCCUUGUGGAGACUGACGGUAACGCCUUCCACUUUGCUGGGAAGUGCACGGCUUCUGCAAACCUCUGCUAUCGAAUUGGCCGCCCGAAAGGGAACCCGAGAGAAGGCCCGCAAAAACAAAGUCAAGAAAGUUGUUGAGAAGGUCGGAUUCAUUCGGCACGAUAUGCGAAAUAAGGGCAAACUUAAUGUGAAACAGGCCAACAAACACAUCGAUGACGGCUGGAAGCAAACCUCCACCGAUGACUGCUGGGUCAGUAAGUACUACAAAUGGAGAGUGUAUACAGUAGAGGAGGCCGUUCAGUGCCACCGGGAAACGCAUCACCCAACGAUGAUCAAUCUGCCCAAUGCCCCACUACUGGCUCAUGUUGAGCUGAACAUGCAGGCGGAAAAGAUCACCCGUUUUGUGGACAAUUUUCAACGUAUGGUUGCUAUUCCACAUACCUUCGAACAUGGCGAGAACCGGAACAUCAUAGUUUUUGCCAAGGGCCAGGAACAGCUGAAAGAAGCCAAAGAUGCCGGCGCCACAUUGGUUGGCGGAGCUGAGCUCAUCAAAGAAAUUCAAAACGGUGACCUCCAAAUGUCCGAGUAUCCCUUUGUUCUGGCCCAUCCGAAUAUUCUCCCAGAUUUGGUCGUGAUUCGAGGUCUGCUAAAGAAAAAUAAAUUUCCCAAUCCUCGCCAAGGCACAUUGGGGGUUGAGCUGACUGACAUGGUCAAGAAAUACCUGCACGGAAUUCAGUACUCGGCCGAAAAGGACGAGAAUCAGAAGAAUUUCGGCAAAAUUGUCGCUUGCGUUGGGACGCUACAAAUGGAUCCCAAAAAGUUGGAAGAAAAUCUGGCUACUUUGCUGCAGGACGUCAACGCGGUGAGACCGAAGCGGGAGGGCAAGUUCAUCACCAGGGUGCUGCUGAAAAGCCCACCGUCGGGAGAAACGCUCAAGAUUGACCCGUACCUUUACGUGCCAGCUGAAGGUAAGGUUUCGGCUAAAAAGGGUAGGGCAGCUGAAGACGAAGCCGCACAGGAAUCGGAUGGCGAGGAAGAUCAAAAAGCUUCAGCUAGUAACUGAGAAGGUUAGUAAGUUGUUGAUGACGGGGUAAUAAAUUUUUAACUCUA